GGUGCAGCAGGACGCGGUCACAAGGCAGCAGUUGUAUCCAUCCACAAUAAACGAGGAUAUGCUUCCUGUGAAUAUCGAGAGUUCAGAUGAUGCCAAGCCUGUUGACAAUGGCAAGGCCGAGAAAUGCAUUACCACCGCGAUGAAGGGGCUGGAGACCAUUGAGCCUUUGGUGCGCUCUGUAGAAGAAACCCCAGAGCCAAUCUCCACUAAGGUACAAGGAUCCAUUCCUUCAUGGGUCAAAGGCAACCUCCUCCGAAACGGCCCAGGGAAGUUUGAAUUUGGAAACACACACUACAAUCACUGGUUUGAUGGGAUGGCGUUGCUGCAUAAGUUCACCAUCGCAGAAGGCCAGGUGACCUACAUGAGUCGCUUCCUGAACAGCGAGGCCUACAGGAAGAAUAGUGAAAGGGACCGCAUCAUGAUGUCAGAAUUUGGUACCCUCGCCCUGCCGGACCCCUGUAAAAACAUCUUCCAGCGCUUCUUGUCCCGCUUUGAGAUGAUGGACUCCACGGACAAUGCAAAUGUGAACUUUGUGAAAUACAAAGGUGACUACUAUGUCAGCACGGAGACAAACUUCAUGCAUAGAGUGAACCCGGAAAACUUAGAAACAUUGGACAAGGUAGACUGGAGCAAGUUCAUUGCUGUGAAUGGAGCCACUGCUCACCCCCACUAUGACCCUGACGGUACCGCCUACAAUAUGGGCAACUCCUAUGGAAGCAAAGGAGCGUUGUACAACAUCAUCAGAGUUCCUCCUGAGAAGUCUGACUCCAAAGACACUCUCCAUGGAGCCAAAGUCCUCUGCUCCAUUGUGCCUGUCAACACGUUCCAUCCCUCCUACUACCACAGCUUUGCCAUGUCAGAGAACUACGUGGUGUUCAUCGAGCAGCCAAUAAAGAUGGACCUGAUGAAGAUAGUCACAGCUAAACUGAGGGGGAAGGCUUUGAGCGACGGCAUCUACUGGGAUCCCAAACAGGAAACUGUCUUCCAUCUCGUGGACAAGCGUACAGGCGAGGUUAGCCCGGUGAAGUACCACACCAAAGCCAUCGCCACCUUCCAUCAGAUCAACGCCUUCGAGGAGGACGGGUUCCUGAUGAUCGACCUGUGCUGCGCAGACGACGGUGGAGCCAUCAACAACUAUCUCAUCCAGAACUUACGCAAGUCAGGAGAAGCAUUAGAUGAGGUCUACAACACAAUAUGCAGGGCCUUCCCGAGGCGUUUUGUUCUGCCGCUGCAGCUGACGGGUGAGACCCCGACAGACCAGAACCUGAACACACGGCCCUCCAGUACAGCAACCUGUGUCCAGAUCAACAAAGAUAAGGUGUUUUGCCAACAUGAGGAUCUCCAUGGAGACGACCUCUACGAGUACGGUGGCCUGGAGUUCCCUCAGAUCAACUACGGGAAAUAUAACACGCGACAAUACCGAUAUUUCUACGGCUGCGGAUUCAGACACCUGGUGGGAGACUCUCUGCUCAAGAUGGACCUCAAGGACAAGACGCUCAAGGUCUGGUACCAGAAGGGUUUCUUCCCGUCAGAGCCGGUGUUUGUGCCGUCACCUGACGCUGUGGAGGAGGACGAGGGAGUCAUCCUGUCUGUGGUCCUCACCCCCUCACAGGAUAACGCAACGUUCCUCCUGGUUUUGGAUGCAAAGACAUUUGAAGAACUGGCAAGAGCCAACGUGCCCGUUAACAUGGCUUAUGGUUUCCAUGGUGCGUUCAAUGCUACUCCAUAAACCUUUUUUAAAUGUAUUUUAAUUCA